CCAUCUCCACUCAAUCCAACUGCAUCCGUGUUAUGGCGGCCAGGCUUGCGGCUGCUGCUGCCACCCUCUCCUCCCGCUCUCGCUCCGCUCGAACCCCAUGGCUCGGCCUUUGCUCUGCUAACUCUCUCCUCCAUCCAUUCACCCCGUUUCGCCGUUUCGAUUCCCCGCCGCAUUCCGUUACGCCCGCCGCACCUCCCGCGAAAGACACCAGUCCCGCCACGCCUGUCAGCCCGCCGUCGCUAGAUUGGUCGCCGGAGAGGUUGCAGCAGCAGCAGCAGUCGCUAAAUGCGGCGCAAGUCGCGCAGGCCGUCGGCGGAGUGGGCGCGGCGCCAGUAGGGGGUCGCGGGGAGGUGGCUGGGGGGAAUGCGGUGGCUGCGGAACGGGGAGCGAGCAGACAGCGGUCGCAUGGCGUGCACGUGUUCCAGUGCACGGACCGCCUGGGCAUAGUGGCGCGCAUAUCGGAGUGUGUGGCGUCACGGCACGCCAACCUGCUCAACGUGGAUCUGCACAUCGACUUCGAGGCGCCCACACCCGUCUUCUACUCCCGCAGCGAGUUCUCCUUUGACCCGGCGCGCUGGCCGCGGCAGCAGAUGGAGGCGGACUUUGCGUCCCUAGCAGCCGACCUGGGUGCGCAGAAGUCCCUCGUGCGAGUCGCGGCCAUGGACAAGAAGCUGCGCAUGGCUGUGCUGGCGUCGCAACAGGACCAUUGUCUGGUGGAUCUUCUAUAUCGCUGGCAGGAGGGGGUUCUGCCCGUCGACAUCCACUGCGUCAUCAGCAACCACCCGCGGGGGGAGAACACGCAUGUGAGGCGGUUCUUGGAGCGCCACGGCAUCCCCUUCCACCACCUGCCUGUGGACGCGAGCACAGGCGACAAGCGCGAGGGGGACAUUCUGGAGCUCGUGAAAGGCAGCAACACAGACUUUCUGGUCUUGGCACGCUACAUGCAGGUGUUAUCCCCCGCGUUCCUUUCAGCCUAUGGCCGGGACAUCAUCAACAUACACCACGGCCUGUUGCCCUCCUUCAAGGGCGCCAACCCCUACCUCCAGGCGUUCAAGGCUGGCGUGAAGCUCAUCGGAGCAACGAGCCACUUUGUCACGGACGAGCUCGACUGUGGGCCCAUCAUAGAACAGCUGGUGGACCGGGUGUCACACAGGGAGGGGCUGGCGUCGUUUGCGGCCAAGAGCAAGAUCCUUGAGAAGCAGUGCCUGGCUGCUGCAGUCAAGUACUACGCCGAGCACCGCAUCCUGCGCUACAGCCACAACAAGACCAUUGUGUUCGUGUGAAGGCCGGGCGGCCAGCCAGCCUUGUGAUUGUUCUGCAUGAGAGAGAAUCCCUUUGAGUCGACUCAAAAGCACCGCAUGCUGCGCUACAGCCACAACAAGACCGUUGUGUUGGUAUGCGAAUCAAUUCACGACCCUAUGAGGCGCCUCCAAUAUACCGUAGCGUACACUGCUGUCACGUCACGUGGUACUACACAGGGCACUGCAUCCUGUGGUAUGAGAAGAUCAGUGUAGCCAAACUCAGUAGUGCUUGCGCACUGCUAAGUAGCCUAGCCGUCAUUGUUGUUGACGUGGUUGUGUGUGUACAAUACUGCAGGUACCCUGAGUAACUUCUCAUCAAAGUAGAUCCCUUCAUUUGCCUUUAUCUGGUUGUGCGGAUCAUCUUUCUUUGUUCCCCCCG